CCUCCCAGCAGACCGGGACUCAGCAGCACCUCAAGCAGCGGUUAACCAUGGCAACCCCUGCUCAACCUCUCGAGAAUGAUCCUCAGGUGGACUUCUACGUCCUUCUAGGGGUGUCGAAAACUGCAACGGAGAAGGAGAUCAACACCGCCUACAAGAAGCUGGCGAUGAAGUACCACCCCGACCGCACCCGCGGGGACCUGGAGGCCGCGGAAAAGUUCAAGGAGAUCGCCACCGCCUACGCGGUGUUAUCCGAUCCGAAUCGCCGUCGCCAGUACGACUUGUCCGGGGGCGACGAGGAGGCCAAGGGGGCGGACUACACCCCCAUGGACAUGGAGGGCAUCGGGAGCAUGGGGAGAGUCGUGGGUGCCCUCAUCGGCAAGCUCGGAGUGCCCAUCCAGACGUCCAUCGCACAGUCCAGCCUGUCGGAGGCCUACGAGCUGUGCCAGAACUCGGGCCUAAACGAGCGGAACCCGCGGCUGCUGCCCAUGGAGUAUGGCGUGGAGUACAAGGGGACGGUGGAGAAGCAGCAGAGCGUGUUCUUCAUGAUCCACGUGACGAAAGACAUGGCGAGGGACGGCCUUGUGCUGCGAUGCACGUCCACGAACAAGAGCCGUUUCAAGCUUGUGCUUUUCGACAACGCCGGCAAAGCAAGGUAUCAGGAGGAGAGCAGCUCCACCUCCAACAACGAGGGUUUCACCAUGUGCUCGCUCUUCUUUGCCCCGUAUGAGGUGAGCAACGUUGCGGACACGAUCAACAUCGCGGGGCUUAAGGGGGAGGAGGUACCCCCUAUCUUCCACCGAUUGGACCUCUUCCAGGUUACUAGCCGACAACUGGAGGAGGGCGACCACCUCGUGGGCGUCUACGGGGACAACUGGCUGAGGGCGGCGUCGUUCAGCCUGAUGGCGAUACCCCUCAGCCCCAGGGCGAAGGAAGAGGAGUCCUCGGUGGUCAGCGUCGACGCGCAGCUCGUGUCGCAGAGAGAACAGCUGAAGGCCUUCAAGCCGGAGUAUCUGGAGGCGAAGGCGAAGUGGGAGGCGACCCUCGGGAAGCUGGAGGAGCUGACGGCCCACACGACGGAGCUCGUGAGGGCGAGGGAGGUGGUCUACGACCAGCUCGUGGGGGCGUCUCUCUCGGCGUACGCAGCCUCGGACCAGGCGGCGGCAUCAGCCGCAAGGCGAGGGGUUCCGGCGAAUGGGUCGGUUGGGUCCGCGGUAAACGUAAACCACGCCUUGAAGAAGAGGAGAGGGGCGGCGGCGUCUUCGUCACAAGGCGGCGGGGGAGGGGGAGGGGGCGGCGGAGGGUUGUUUGGGCGGCUCUUUUGAGGUCUUGUCCGGGCCGUGUGAAUAAUUUUUACUCCCACAACAACAAAACAUCCAGACGAAAAUCACGAAAAAGAGAGUACCAUUAAACAGAAAAAUAGACUGGGUGUGUAGUGAGAAGGUGGGCUUGGCAGGGGGCUGGCAUUUCUUGUUGUUGUUGUCGCGGGUUGUGGUUUCGUCGGCCGUUUUUUUCUUUCGCACACACCGAAAGAGCGACCCGUGUCAGCGCGAGAUGGUUGGGAAGUUUUGGGGCAGGCUGUUUUGUUUUUUUGCUGAGCCUGCUUGUCAUUGUGUUCGACGCCAUGUUUUGCCGCAUGGCGUACUUCUUUUUCUUUUUCUCAUCCCGGUCUUGUAGCGCAGCUAUUUUUUUUUUGGAAUGCGGUGCGUGUGUCGGUGUAUGAUAUGUUGCGGCGAUCUGAGGUUUCGAUGUAUGCCAAAGGCGUCUAGUAGAUUUCUACAGUGGAAAUUUGAUAUUUGUGUGGAGAUCUCGAUUUGGCCGUGGUUGUGUAAUUUUGGCCAGUCUUCCGCAUUUGUGUUGCGGCACGAACCUUUAUUUGCGAGGGUUUGGGGGGGGUUUCGGACCCGUGGUAGUCUGUUGCUGGGUUCUUGGUGAUACGGUCUCUUCUAGGUUUGGGUGCAUGUUGCGAGUAGGUUGAGCUGGUGCGAUUUUGAAGGCAGAAAUCGAGCCCUACUCCUGUGCGCAUGCUUUGUCUUCUUGGUCCCUUUCCCCUGUGAAAGAGAGAGCAGCAGCCAAGGAAGGCGUGAAAGUUUCACGUGUGAUACAUAUUAUUGUAGUG